AUGUCUGCACCACAGAUUCCAAACCUCCUAGCCUCACGAGGAGGCCCACGGUCACGGGGUGGUCGAGGCCGAGGUCGAGGAGGCGGCUCUACUCAUACUACCCAAAACCGCAAAGAUCUCGAUAUCCAGUCCACAGAUACAGAUGCUGCAGUGUCACGUCUCAGCGCCGUUUCCCUGGGAUAUAUCAAUGACCCCUAUGCGGCCUACUUUGUAAAUGGUGCCGGGACACGGCGAUUGCCCAUCAUCAACCGAGGAACAUAUACCAGAACCACGGCUCUCGACAUUCUCAUCAAUGCCUUCCUUUCCGAAUCGAAUGAUACCCCGCCGCAGAAAAGGCAAAUAAUAUCUCUAGGCGCAGGCACCGAUACACGAUAUUUCCGCCUACGCGCCCAAAACAAGCAUCGCAACCUAAUAUACCACGAAUUCGACUUCCCCACCGUCUGCACUACUAAAUCGCGCAUCGUCUCGAGCAAUGAAGCAUUAUCAAAGGGAGACGGGAAUGCGACUAUGUUCGUAGAGCCGACGAAGCCUACUGAACCAGACUCCGAUCCAGAACCCGAAUGGGGCUUUCGAGCCAGGGAUGGAGAAUCCGAAACAAUAUAUUGUUGCCACCCCCUCGAUCUCCGGCGGCUCCCUUACUCGCCGUCAAUGAAAGAAUUGAAUUCCUUCCAUGGCAUUCAAAGCGAUAUUCCAACACUCCUCAUAUCUGAAUGCUGUUUAUGCUAUCUGGAGGUCGAUAAUGCGCGAGAUGUUGUCAAGUGGUUCGCAAAUCGGAUACCUUCUCUAGGUAUUAUAUUGUACGAGCCGAUUGGAGUUGAUAGCCCGUUUGGGCAGAUGAUGGUUGCGAAUCUUGCGGCUAGGAAUAUUACUAUGCCUACGGUGAAGGUUUAUAAAAAUCUACGGGAUCAGAAAGAUAGGUUGUCUGAGAUGGGCUUUACAGAUUCAGAUGGGGGUCAAGGAGGAGAAACUAUAGAACGGAUUUGGGACCAGUGGGUAUCAUCUGAGGAGAAAGAGAGAGUUGAUAGCCUGGAGGGGUUGGAUGAAGUUGAAGAGUGGCAAAUGCUGGCUCGACAUUACGCGGUCGUCUGGGGUUGGAGGGGGAGCUCAGGUUGGGAAAGUUGGAAAGAACUUCUCUAG